AUGGACGUUGACAUUCAAGUUGAAGGAGAAGAGUGCCAGCGAACUCAAAACCGAGGGAAGGCCAUUGCUGUUGAUGCAACUUCUGGUGUCUCUUCUCAGUCAAAGAAGGUGAUGAAAGUCGUUGUGCCAAGGUCUGGUGUCUGGAAGCAUUUCACUCGAACCAAAGAAAGUCGUGACAGAUGCAUCUGCCACAAUUGUCAGAAGAUCUUCUCAUGCGCUACCAAAUCAGGAACAUCAAACCUUCAGAAGCAUCUGUCCAUCUGCAAAGAGUACCAAGCUUGGUUAACCAGUCAAGGUAUGAAUCAGAUGGAGAUCAACACUGAUGGCAAUCUGAAGUCAUCAGAAGUUGCAGAGUCUGUUUUCAGAGAGGCAUCAAAUGAGUUGAUUGUGCUAGGAGAACUGCCUCUUUCAUUUAUUGAAAGCAGUGCUUGGAAACACUUCUGCAGAAAGGUAAACCUCUACAAGCCACACUCGAGAAGGACUGCCACCAGAGACAUCGUUGAGAUGUCACAGGUGCAACUGAAGAAGCUUAUCAUAGGCUUCAAGUAUGUGAUGGACCACAAGGGUCAGACCAUCGCAACUGUGCUCUUGGAGUGUCUAGCUGAAUGGGGCAUUGAGAAGGUAUUUUGCAUUACAGUAGACAAUGCAACUGCUAAAACUUCUGCCAUUAGGAGAUUCCAUAGGGAUUUUAGUGAUGUUUCCCCUGAGGCUUUAGUUCUAGAUGGGAAUUUCUUGCACAUGAGGCUUAAUGCAUUUGAUCUUAGAGUCACAACUGGGAGAAUGAGUCGAGGUAGCUUACCUAUGGAUAUUAAGACUAGAUGGAAUUCAACCUUCCUUAUGCUGUCUAGGGAUCUUCAGUUUAGAACUGCAUUUGAUAGGAUGGAGGCAGAAGAUAGGUUGUAUAAUGAUUAUAUUUUGGAGAUGGAAAAUGGGGUUAAGAGGUGUGGACCACCUUCUUUGAGAGACUGGAGUGCUGUUGAGAAGCUCAAGAGGUUUCUGAUAAUCUUUUACAACAGCACUCUGGUUGUUUCUGCGUCAUCGACGGUGAAUUCUUCCAAGUGCUACGGUGAGAUAGUGACCAUAGAAAGAAACCUCACUACACUGGCCAACAGCUUCGAUCCUGAGUUGAAGGUGAAAGCGUCGGAGAUGUUGCAGAAGUUUCUCAAGUACUGGGAUGGUAUCAAGAGUGUCAACAGGAUGCUGAUCUUAGACACGGUUUUCGAUCCAAGGAAGAAGAUGCAAUUUGCAAAGUUGUGCUUUGAGAAGCUCUAUGAGAAGGAGAGCUUAGAGUCUAAAGUAAUGAUGAAAUCUGUUGGUGAUCUUCUUAGGUAUAUGUUUUAUAAUCAUGUAUUUUAA